UGUGUUUAUAUUCCGUUUCGGAAGUGGCUAGCGCGAGUCGAACUGAAGCUGACAACACGCGGGUUUAGAGGAUUUUAAUUAUCCUUGGCGCAGUGAAUCAUUUAUUUGUUAUAAUUAAGACGUCUGUUGCCAACUUCAGCCCGAUUAGAAGCCCCAAUGUUGGAGAGCCGGGAGUCGAAUUGCGCUGUAGCGGACAACGAAGAUUGUUGUCGUUCUGCUAAGCGGUUUUGUCGGCGGCAUUGCGAAUCAAAGCAAGAGAUAAAAGACAACAGCGACGUGGACGUGUCCAUCAUACUUCCUGUUUAUAAUGCCGCCCAAUGGCUGGAUGCAUGUUUUCAGUCGAUUGCAGACCAAGACUUCCAGGGAACUAUGGAGCUGUCUGUCUUCUGUGAUGCCAACAAGGAUGAGUCGGAUUCAAUUAUUGAGAUGUGGAUUCCCAAUCUGGAAAGCAGGGGCAUUGCUGUAGUGACUAGUGGACAUAUGUCUCCUCAGCCAAAAGGAGUUGGCUAUGCCAAGAACCGAGCUGUGGCACAAAGCAGAGGGAAGUUCUUAUGCUUCAUGGAUGCUGAUGACGUGAUGAUGCCUCAGAGGGUGCGGCGCCAGUAUCAGGCAGCUUUGAAGUUUCCUGCUAGCAUUAUUGGCUGCUUAGUGAAAAGAGAACCAGAAGGUUCAACUGAGCGCUACACUCGUUGGAUUAACCAGAUGACCCAGGAGCAGCUUCUCACACAGAUUUAUACAUCCCAUGGACCAACAGUUAUCAUGCCAACUUGGUUCUGUGCAAGAAGCUGGUUUGACUUUAUUGGCAACUUCAAUGAAGGCGGUAAGGGAGUUCCAGAAGACCUCCUGUUUUUCUAUGGAAACAUUCUCCAAGGAGGUGGAGUACACAGAGUGGAUGAAUGUCUACUGAUGUACCGCUAUCACCAGCAGGCUGCCACACAUGCGGUCCAUGAGGAUACCAUCUGGAACCACCGGGUCGCAUUCCUUCAAGAGCAGGUUUUGACCAAGUGGACCGCCUUCACCAUCUGGAAUGCUGGGAAGCAGGGCCGUAAGCUGUACCGCAGCCUGUCUCCAGCCAAUCAGAAAAAGGUCACUGCUUUUUGUGACGUUGAUGAGAACAAGAUAAAGAAGGGCUACUACACUUACGAGGAGUCGGAGGAGAGACCAAAGCCCAGGAUUCCUAUCCGGCAUUUUAAAGACAGCAGCCCUCCUUACAUCGUCUGCGUCAAGCUGGACAUGACAGGUGGAGUUUUGGAGGAGAACCUGCACUCCCUGAACUUGGAGGAAGGGCGCGACUACUUCCACUUCAGCUGAGACCCCGGUAGUGAAGAACAGUGGAGAGGAGAGCCAUACGGCGUCACAGACCCAGCAGCAAUCUGGGAAGACUGGCGGGCAUAAUGCCAGGCUUUAUGAACCGCUGCUCAGGGUCUCCCAUUGGGCUGACCUGGAGACCCCCCUCUGUCUGGUGGUUGAUGUUCCAGCAGUGGUGUCCUCCACAAUGUUGAGGUAGAUGCCCACCGGCUCAUUGGGGUAUGUAAGGCUCUUUAUGAACAGACCACCAAGGAGAUUUUAUUUUACUUCUGUUGUUCCUGUUCUGUUUGUCAUUGUCAUUUGGUGUCACUUGUGUCAUCUGUGUUUUAGGUUAAUUAAAUGGCUUUGUCACAUUUGUUACAUACUGUAUAACACAGU